AUGGCCUUAUAUGGCGCUCCCAUAUGGGUAGAUGCCCUCUCUGCUGAAAAUAGAGCGCUGUUUCGCAGACCACAGAGGGCAAUAUCCAUAAGAGCCAUACGGGGGUAUCGUACGGUUUCUUUUGCGGCGGCGACGGUCUUGGCUGCAGACCCCCCCUGGGAUCUUCAGGCACAGAUUCUCGCGAAUGUUCACCGCUACAGAGCUGAAAGAAGGGCAGCAGCAGAAUUCCUGGACGAAGAUGAAGUAAGGAACAUCCGGGCAUUAGCCCAGACGGAAACACUUCGCCAAUGGAGAGCAGAGCUCGACGCCGCAAAAUAUGGGCGGAACACAAUUGACGCCGUAUUGCCGCACCUGGAACGCUGGGUAGGAAGGAAGCAAGGCACGCUAACUUUCCACAUGGUGCAGAUACUUACUGGCCAUGGGUCUUUUGGUAAAUACCUGCACCGAAUAGAGAGGGAAGAAUCCCCCAUGUGUCAUGAGUGUGGCGCAUUAGUAGAUGCGCCCCGUCAUGUUCUCGAAGAGUGCCCUGCAUGGGGCCCCAGCGGGCCAGCCUCCAGCGAGGAGGCAUGGACGGCGAUGGUCUCCUUCAGCCAUUAUGUUAUGUCGCAGAAGGAGACAGCGGAACGUGCGCGCGAGAACGACCCUGACGCGCACCCACUCCGCCGUCGACGGGCUGGCGGCAGAGCCAGGCGCUACGCGCACCUGAUGCCUCCGCCGUAA